UAGCCAAUGAAAUCACCAGGGUGCCAGUCAGUCACGCAGUCACGCCGCGCCGCUAGGCUAAGGUUCAGAUCAGAAUUCCUGAGUUCCCGGAUAAUGUUGAUGGACAUCAUAUUAUCUACAGCGUUAUUCUACGGGGCCUAAAAUCAGUACUCUGUACCGGGAGAUGUUAUUCACCAGGAUAUGACCUGCACCUUUUCCUCGCACAACUAGCCACACAACUUGCCGCUUCGCAAACUAACUUUAAGAAACAAUUUCAUGGAAUCCUCUCAGGUUACUAGAGAGUUAAACGCAUAUCAGGGAAUGACGAGGGAUAUUUGAACGUUCACGCACGCACUCAUCGCUUUGCAACUCGGCCUGUCGCCUACCAAACACCAGUUCGCGCUCGUUGUUGUCUGAGUAGCGCUUACUGAUAUGCAUAAUUGCUACCCAAGCGCGAGGGGGACUCAGGGCGCGGAUGUAACUCACGCGCUGAGCAGUCCUAGCUCGGUAAACUCUGCUCAGAGCAACAACAACAACGUCGACGGUUUUCUUACACAAGCUCGGGGCAUGGCUGAUUUGAUUCGGUGUACGGCAAAAUAUUCCAUAAUCGAAUGUCACAAAUACCAAACGACGAUGAGCCCGGAGACGCCGCCGCCGUCGCCGCCCAACGAGCAGCAAACCGAGGCCAAGAUUGAGUACACGGACGCCAGCACCAUCAGGAUGAACAAAGACCGGCUGUACAAGCGGCGGCCGGCCUCCACCGAACUAGAUGACUCUCUGGUGCCGCCGGUCGAGUUCAGAGAACCUGUCGAUGUGAUAACAAAGGCGCCCUGCAUGCGCAACUCGAGUCUUGACGGACACGAGCUAGAAAGCUGGAACUGGGAUCGAGUUUCCUGCGGAACGGGAAUUUUUAUGUGGGAGCGGGAGUGGGAAUAUUACAUUCCACAAGAGGAAAAGCGGUUUUUUAAGAAGCGUCUUAUCACGAGUGCCUUGGAUGACGUGGACGCUAUAGGCUGUCCGGCGCAUGAGCUUGACGAGAGGUCAACUGGCGAGUCUGAUGCCCACUCAGCUGGCACUGCCAGCGCCAAGAGCAUGCACGGGCUGAUAGACAAGAAGUUUGAUGACGAUGAACCUCAAGGUGCGUUGUACAACAUGAUGAUCAGCUGCUGCACGUGUCUCGGUAUCUUCUGUUUCACAUAACUGAGUGUUAAACCGAGAAGGGAGACUCUUGACUGCACCUAUGCUAAUUCCUCUUACGCCUAGAGUACAUUUUACAAUGUCGGUUAAGUACAAGAAAGAUAUUUUAAUACUCUUCAAUUUUAAGGACGAUAUUAACAAUAAAAGCUUUCAUUCUUAAGGAAGUGGCUUUAUUAUUGAAAGGUCACUAGCAAGUUUGUAUAAGAAUCAGUACACUAAUUAAAAUGGAUGCAGUUUAUAUUUUAAUAAUAAAAUGACAUUAAAACUAA